AUGGAUUCGACGAUACGGCGAAGAUGCCUCGCGCACGUCGCUCGCAGUCGCAUACUAGGUCUACGCCACACCAGCACCACAACGACCUCAACAACAGCCACCACAACCACACCACCGCCGCCGCGAGCCCGAUACGCAAUGCCCUCGAAACCAACCACGCAAUCCCCCAAGCCAAAGCCCUCUCCACCUCCUACACAAAAGGCCACUGAGGAAAUCAUACCACCCAAACCCAUCGCCCUCCAACGCUACCACAUCUCCACACCUCCAACUCCCAUUCAACAGACCUACGCAACCCGCUACUUCCAAAACCCUGCCACACCACCCCUGCACCUCUGGACAGCCGCCAAAUUCUCUCAAAUCCCUCGCUCGCCAUAUCCAGAAGUGUGUUUUGUCGGGCGCUCAAACGUUGGAAAGUCCUCUCUGCUGAAUGCCGUGUUUGGUCGUCCGAAAGAAAAGAUUGUACGUGUGAGUGGAAAAGCCGGACACACAAAAACACUCAACGCCUUUGGGGUCGGAGGCGUGGUGAGAGAUAUAGCAGCCAAAGACGCAAUCAAACAAUUGAGCAGUGGAGCACUCAUUGUAGUCGACACACCUGGAUAUGGUUAUCAUUCACGACAAGAAUGGGGACCGGAAAUCAACAAGUUUUUCGAAAAGAGAAAGCAAUUGCGAAAAGUCUUUAUUCUUAUUGAUGCUUUACAUGGUGUCAAGGCGAGGGAUCUCGUGCUGUUGAAGCAUUUUGAAGAUAAUGGGAUUGCUUAUCAGAUUAUUUUGUCAAAGGUUGACAGGAUUGUUAUGGUGGAUAGUAAGAGCCCGGGUGCGGAAAAGCUAACGAGGUUGGUCAAGAAAUUGGAUAAAGUCUAUGAAGAGGUUGAGGAGCAACUGAAGGAAUUAGAUCUUGGCCAGAGACAGAAGAAGAGAGACAUCCUUGCCGCAUCGGCAGAGAAACAGAUCAAAGGCCUGCAAGGCUGGGGAGGAGGUGCAAAAAUUGGUAUUGAAGCUGUUAGAUGGGCUGUAUUGAAAGCUUGUGGCUUGGACUGCGACGAGCAGGGCAACAGAAGAGUUGUGGAAGGAUUGGAGAUGCUGGGCGAAGAAGAAGAGGAUGAAGAGGUUGUGGCUUGGAAGCCGCAGAACUGA